CGCGCCUACCCCGCGCCCCGGGCCUGGGCCACCCGGCUCCCGCCGCCCUGCCGUCCGCGCCCGGUCCGCCCGCUCCGCCCAUGGCCGGGAAGCUGCUGUCGCUGCUGCCGCCGGCGCUGCUGGCCGCCGCGGGCCUGGCCGGCCUCCUGCUGCUGUGCGUCCCCACCCGCGACGUCCGGGAGCCGCCCGCCCUCAAGUACGGCAUCGUCCUGGACGCGGGCUCCUCCCACACGUCCAUGUUCAUCUACAAGUGGCCGGCGGACAAGGAGAACGACACGGGCAUCGUGGGCCAGCACAGCUCCUGCGACGUGCGCGGUGGCGGCAUCUCCAGCUACGCAGACAACCCCUCGGGCGCCGGCCGGAGUCUCGUUGAGUGCCUGGACCAGGCGCUGCGGGACGUGCCCGGGGAGAGGCACGCGGGCACGCCCCUCUACCUGGGAGCCACGGCGGGCAUGCGCCUGCUCAAUCUGACCAGCCCAGAGGCCUCGGCCAGCGUGCUGGCGGCCGUGACGCAGACGCUGACCCAGUACCCCUUCGACUUCCGUGGCGCCCGGAUCCUGUCCGGCCAGGACGAGGGCGUGUUUGGCUGGGUGACCGCCAACUACCUGCUGGAGAACUUCAUCAAGUACGGCUGGGCCGGCCGGUGGUUCCGGCCGAAGAAGGGGACGCUGGGGGCCAUGGACCUGGGAGGCGCCUCCACGCAGCUCACCUUCGAGGCGGCCAGCCCCGCCGAGGACCCGGCCAGUGAAGUCCAGCUGCGGCUCUACGGCCAGCAGUACCGCGUCUACACCCACAGCUUCCUCUGCUACGGCCGCGACCAGGUCCUCCAGAGGCUGCUGGCCAGUGUGCUCCAGACCCACAGCCUCCACCCCUGCUGGCCGCGGGGCUACUCCACUCACGUGCUGCUCCGGGACGUGUAUGAGUCGCCAUGCACCGCCGCCCAGCGGCCCCCGACCCUCAACAGCAGCGCCGGGGUCAGCCUGAACGGGAGCGGCGACCCCGCCCUCUGCCGCGGCCUGGUCUCCGGGCUCUUCGACCUCGCGUCCUGCCCCUUCUCCCGAUGCUCCUUCAACGGCGUCUUCCAGCCGCCCGUGGCCGGCGACUUCAUCGCCUUCUCCGCUUUCUUCUACACUGUGGACUUCCUGCGGACGGCGAUGGGGCUGCCCGUGGCCACCCUGCAGCAGCUGGAGGCCGCCGUGGUCACCGUCUGCAACCAGACGUGGAGUGAGCUGCAGGCCCGGGCACCGGGGGUGGGGGCCCGCCUGCCCAACUACUGCCCCGUGGCCAUGUUCGUGCAGCAGCUGCUGAGCCGGGGCUACCGCUUCGACGAGCACGCCUUCAGCCGGGUGACCUUCCAGAAGAAGGCCGGGGACACGGCGGUCGGCUGGGCGCUGGGCUACAUGCUGAACCUCACCAACAUGAUCCCCGCCGACCCGCCGGGGCUGCGCAAGGCCACGGACCUCGGCUCCUGGGUGGCCCUCCUCCUGCUCUUCGCGGCCCUGCUCCUGGCCGCGCUGGUCCUGCUGCUGCGCAGGGCGCGGUCCGCCAAGUCGCCCAGCGCCAUCUAGGGACCCGCUGGGGGAGGCUGUCCCGGCCCCGUGACCCCUGUCCCUCACCUCACCCCACACGCAACAUCGCUGCUGCCGCUAACGCAGCCCGGAAACCGAGGCGGGGACUCCAGCACCCACUCCCACGGGGCCGGGUGGGGGAAGGGCUCCGGAUCCAGCCCCUGCAGCCCCUGCAGCCCCGCUCAUGGCCGGCCUCCUGCUCCUCCUGCUCCCGAGGGUGGGUCAUGCCAACACCCGCAGCUGCGACCUCAGCUGGGCUCCCAGGAGUGGAGCCUCUCUUCCGAUCCUUGGGGCCUUCAGACCCCCCAGCGGGUCUGUAUUAGGGGAGGGUCUGUAUUA